GUUAUUACACCCACUCGUUCUCUGGUAUUGUGCGCAGAAUCUCGACGCGAAAUGGAAGACUGGCUAAGUUCGUUAAAAUCAGCUUCAAUACCUGCGCGAGCACGUGGCGACAGCUUUUAUUUGGAACAGCACGAUAUACUCUCAAAUCAUCAUCACUGGUAUGCCACAUCACAUGCCAGACCCACCUAUUGUAAUGUGUGCCGUGAUGCUCUGUCAGGUGUCACUUCACACGGCCUGUCCUGUGAAGUGUGCAAGUGUAAAGUACACAAACGAUGUGCUGCCAAAGCAAUUGCCAAUUGCAAAUGGACAACUUUGGCUACCGUAGGCAAAGACAUUAUAGAAGAUCGUGAUGGUAGCAUUAUAAUGCCACAUCAAUGGAUGGAAGGCAACCUACCAGUAUCAGCAACUUGUGUUAUUUGUAAAAAGACUUGUGGAUCUGUGCUACGACUGCAAGAUUGGCGCUGUUUAUGGUGUCGCGCAACUGUGCACGUAGCCUGCAGACCACAAAUGACAGAUUCCUGUCCCAUUGGGCCAGCAAAACUAUCAGUUGUACCACCGACUAGUAUACAUUCAAUCAGCAACGAUGACGCAUGGGAUGUUGUCAGCCCAAAGGGUAAUUUUUCACCACUGCUGGUUUUUGUUAACUCCAAAUCAGGCGACAAUCAAGGUGUAAAGUUUUUACGCCGAUUCAAACAAUUGCUCAAUCCAGCGCAGGUUUUUGAUUUGAUAUCAACUGGACCCAGUUUAGGUUUGCGGCUAUUUCGCCAUUUCGAAAUGUUUCGAAUAUUAGUGUGCUCUGGUGAUGGUUCGGUCGGUUGGGUUUUAAGCGAAAUUGAUCGCUUUAGUAUGCAUAAACAAUGUCAAGUUGCUGUACUUCCACUUGGUACUGGUAACGAUUUGGCACGUGUUCUUGGUUGGGGCUCCUCAUGUGAUGAUGAUGCCCACUUGCCACAAAUAUUAGAACGUUAUGAAUCAGCGAGCACUAAAAUGUUAGAUCGUUGGAGUAUAAUGGUUUUCGAAAAAGCUAUAGCAGUGCAGCCAAAAACUCCAAAAAUGUCACUUUCUAGUGCACAAGAGGCACUGCUAACCGGAAUGGUUACUUCUGCAAAUCAAAAUUUACGCUCUAUUGUUGAAACAGAUGAUAUUCAAACUUUAAUUACAUCCACUAAAACACUAUGUGAAACAAUUGAUGAACUAAUGUCACAAAUCUGUGAGAAUCGCAAAGACGACGAGCAAUUAAUAAUGAAAUGUGAUAUUUUAAGACAAAAGCUACACAUGCUAUUAGAUGCUUUGAAGGAGGAAGAAACUGGUGUACACACUGGUGAUGACUUACUCUCGACAAUCAGCAGCAUAAUUGCUAGAAGUGCGCCCGAAACACUGACACCUUCACCCACUACCACUCCUACUUUACUAAAUCCCAACAUAUCAAUUGAAAAGAAUGAAAAAGAUCAACUGAAUACAAAAGAACGUCGGAAUAGUCGUUCAUUACGUUCUAAUGAAAAGGAUGCAUUACAGUGUCGCGCAAAUAGCGUUAAACGCGCUAUAUACAACGUAGUAGAGCAUUCAGAGCCCGGACGACCAAAGCGUUAUCAACGUAAACUCUCUAUAACACCAUUUGAAGCGCUCAAAAUACCCACCACCACUUCAAAUGACUCAACACCUUGUACUUCACCACUACCAAUUAUACCACCUAUUAACAUAAUAUCUCCAACCAUGGAGACUUCACGGCUGACAUGUAUAUCACCCCUGCCGGACACCAGACGUGAUUCUGUGGAUGAAAAUUUUUUCAAUACAAUCAGUUUACCAGUACCACGUCAAUUCGCUGACAGCAGACGUAGUUCUGGUGUACCAGAAGUGAUACAAGAAAUUGAAGAGUGCGGCAAUGGUGGAGUUGAAACUGUAGCUUAUCGUGUUGGUCGUUUGUCCUUAAGUGGCGGUGCCAACAUUGAUGACGACGGUAAUCGUUUGUCGCCCACUAGUGAGACUAUAAUCAACGAACGCAAAAUUGAUUUUCUCAGUGUACCUAUAAUUACGAGUGACCACAUAGUGGAUCCAUUGUCCGACUUCAGACCAAUUGAAGUAUUUGAGCGUAACUAUUAUAUGAGUCGAGAAUUGGAUAAAGAGAAGAAAUUGGCUGACAAUGCUGCAGCUACAACUGAGGAUGAUUCAGCUGACGUGGGUACUGAUAGUAUUGCAGAGAAGCAAUGCACUGAGGAGAAACCUGAAAAAUUAGUGCACACUUGUCAACUACAGGUACCCAACAUAGUUGUUUAUCCCAAAGCCCCAAAUGUUUACACAAGUGAAACCAUUACAAUCGUUGACACAGAUAUGCUAACUGAACAGUCAUCGUCUGACGAUAUGCAAGGUGAAGCAAGUGAUGUGUUAUCUGCCAUAAGUAAUGAAGAGUGUAGUGUAGCUUCAGAGAUAUUCGAUAAAAAUACUGAAGUAGAGCAUCAACAUGCAUUACAAAUCACUGACAUCAUACAUGGUGUCGAUAGCAAUACCUUUACACACAUCGAUUCGCCAGAAACAAGCGAUGAAACGGAAGCUAUGCCUGGAGAAAGUCUUAUGGAUGAUAUUAGUUCAGUUCUUGGACAUGAUAUUACAUAUGCUUUACAGGAUAAUACAAUUACUGAUGAUACUACUACACUUUGCUCUGAGACUCAUGCACCUUCCGAAGCUAAGCAACAGCAACAGCAACAAAAAGCAUUACAACAGCAACAGUUGCAAUUACGAAGAAAAUCGCUUUCGAUGUCGCAUCGUAGAAGAAAUUCUUCUCCACCGCAUAUGCCGAGGCUUGAUCGUAUGGAUAGCGAUGAAAAUCCACAGCAAUUCGGUUUUGAGAACAUUGUUUUCGAAAUUGAUAACCGUUGUGAUGAUCAGAAAAUGCGUGAGCCUCCGAGAUACUGUAGUUUGGCACAAUUCGUGGAGGGUAAUGAUAUAGCGCGACAAA